ACGCCGACUUUCGGCGCACGCGCGUUCGUUUCACCGCUCGGUUCAGACGGGUAGGAACCUCCGAUGCGACGCUUUGCAUCGACGUCAGUUCAGCAGCUUUAGCAAUUAGCUAGCCAAAGAUGAAAUAAAUAGGUCGUGAUGUGAUCAGGUGACUUUGGCGUAGUGCGAAGAGUUGAUGGACAGACAAUCGCGAAUUAAUAUUAAAUCGAAGUCGAUAUCCGUCUGCACGGAGGAACGAUGGAGGAAAUAUUUCAAAACGGGAAUUACGACGAUAGACUAGGAAAUAACAUCUCAACAAUAACAACAACAGCCAACAUGACUACAUCAGAGGAAAUAAUACGGAAAGAGGAUUGUCUUCUUGAUCAUAUGGAAAUCGUGAUAGUGGAGGCAGAAAAGCGUGCCAACGGAGCUUUAAAUCUCAGAGAAUUUUACACGGUUUAUUUGGUGGAAACCAAAGUAACCGAUCCAGAUUUCAAAGGCGCUCUGACACGACUUAGUUCGUUAUGGAGACGCUACACCGAAUUUGAAUUGUUACGUGCUUACCUGGAGGUAUCUUAUCCUUACAUAGUGUUGCCUGCGCUGCCUGAGAAGAAGGUACUUUAUGGAUGGCAAAAGGUAGCUUCAGAUACGUUCGAUCCUGACUUUGUCGAUCGCCGUAGAGCUGGACUUGAGAAUUUCCUGUUGCGUGUUGCUUCACAUCCAGUGUUAUCACACGACGAACACUUCAUGGGUUUCUUGCAGCAGGAAAACGAUUGGCGAGAGAGUAUCAAGGAAACUGGCUAUCUGCAUCUAGCAGAAUCCAAGCUAAAAGCUCUUAGCGUAGCUGUGAGACUGAAAAAACCUGAUAAACGAUUUGAAACAAUAAAAAACUACGGAAUUGAAUUACAGAGCAAUUUAUGCAACCUACUUAGAGUUCGAGCACGUCUGGUUGAAAAGCAAUAUGGACUGUACAAAUUACACGCUAAUUAUGGACGUGUGUUCAGCGAGUGGAGUGCUAUAGAGAAAGAAAUGGGCGAUGGUCUGCAGAAAUCUGGACAUUACUUAGACUCCAUAGCCGCGAGUAUUGACACAGCUCUAGAGGAGGAGGAACUCAUCGCAGACCAAUUGAAGGAGUGGUUAUUUGGGGCUUCUGCACUACAGGCAGUCGUCAGACGAAGAGAAGCUUUGCAACUGGUUAGCGAUGAGACCUACGAUUCUCUCACCGCGACUUGUGAGCAUAAGGAUAAAUUGCAGCAAGGUAAAACUGGGCUCAUAUCCCGUCUGUUCGGGUCUGUGGAUACAGAAGAGGUGCGUGAGCUGAAGGUUCACCAGCUGGAGCAGAGAAUUAAUCAAAGUGAAACAGCUGUGAAACAGGCGAACGAAGACUUGGAAUCUUUCUCCAUCAAAGCAAUGGUGGAUAUAGAAAGAUUCCAGCACCAGAAAGUACUAGAUUUGAAGGAAACUCUCGCUGCAUAUUGUGUUCUACAGUUUAAGUUAGCUAGAAAGGGUCUUCAAACUUGGCAACAUAUCAAAGAUUGCCUUGAGAGUAUUCCUUAAGCUAUUCAAAGCACAUCCUGCAAGUACAAUAUCUCUUUAUCAAGUGCAACAUCACAAAACAACCUUAAUCGUUCCAUGUCACCCGAUGUACAUCUACAUUCCUGCAUUUAUAAGCUCUCCUGACGUUUGAUGUUCUAAGGUUAUUUAAAUAUUCUUAUUUAAUAGAUAUUAGUUUGUGCAUAAUACAUAAUGAGCACAGCGUAUACGCGUUGUGUAUAAAUACCUGAAAGACGAGCAGCACCGUUUAGUAUUUAUAUGUACCUACAUCUAUAUAUUUAAAACAAAAAACAUAUAUAUAUUUAUGAAUAUAGAUAUAUACGUGUAUAUAUAUAUUCUAUUGUUCGGCAAAGUUUAAGUAAAAGCGUCUGCGUAAUUUGACGCAAAAUUUGCUUUAAAAAUUUAAUAAACUUCGCAUAUGUACGUACAACGUUCCU